AUGGAGAGAGUAGUUGGAAUGCGCGCAUUGGGAAAAGAGCUUACGACCAGAACACAAUCUUCUUUUUUACGUUACUUGGACGGACUUGAUCUACAGCUACCGCACCUUCCGCGUGAUGCAUUGAUUCAAAAAAUAUACGAUACUCUGACAUUUACCACAGUCAGCGGCGGCAAGUUUCUUCUCUUAACAUCCCCUGCAGGAUCUGGAAAGACUUCGUUGUUGUCGUUAUUCAUUCAUCGCUAUCCGCAGUAUGUUUGCAUUUACAUCUCCUGCAUCAAGACCAAGCUUUCGAUUGAUGACCUUUUUGUGGGCAAAGUAACAGAUACUUCAGGAAAGGUGUUUACUUUUUCGAGCGAACAACAGUACAUAAUCAUGUUGGAUGAUGCACAAGCACUUUACCAUGACAUAUCAUUUUGGAGUACGCUCAUCAAAGUCACCCCAAUGUUGAUACCAUCAAACAUAAAAUUUCUCAUUGCUGCAACCCAUUCCUUGGCUGGGGGAGUAGAAAGCCCUGCAGAAUUCCAAUCUCUUUGGAAGCUCAGCAGACCAGAUUUCCUGCUUUGCAAUGAUGAGGCAAAUCAGUUUCUUGAUUUACCUACUGGGUUGCCCACUAAUAUGAAUACAUUGAAUGUCAAGAAACUGCUAAUCCAAGAAUGUAAUGGACUUAUUGGUGCUUUACGGAUUUCUGUCGAUUCUCUCACAACAAGAUUUACCAAGGAUCCUUCUCCUUCUGAAACAGAUUUGAUUACAUAUUACCUAUCGAAUAGUGUUGUGCAACAAAUGGCAAGAUGCUUUGGUAGUCAGCAUUCAGGACCAAUCAGUCAGGUGCUCAAGAAUGCACUUAUCAAGUGUCUUGUCAAUGAACUGAUUCUUGCUCCUAUCAAUGGCAUGCUGGAUGACAAGGACUCAAGGUGCUACACAAGCCUUAUGAAGGCGGGUAUUUUAGCACUUGGGAAUGACAGAUAUACACUUCAAUUCUCAUCCCCCUUGGCUCUGAAGUAUUACAGCAAGUGGUUUUUCCCGAAUCGCUCUUGCACCAAACCAUCUUCGCUCCAUUCUCUAAUUGUCAAUGCCAUUGGAAACAUGUCUGCAUCAUUGCUUCAACAGUCGACAGUGAAUCAAGAUGAUUUUCCCAAAGAAGCUACAUUCCAACAUCUUUUUAUGGAAGGCCUUGCUUUGUCUACAGAGCCAACGUGUGCCAUUUGUCCUGAACUUUCGAAAGUAUUUCCUCCUCCAACUUGUGCUAGCACUGAAUGCAUUCAUGGAGAAGUUGAUUUCUAUCUCAAUGGAACUCUUCGAUGGGGCCUUGAAUUGUUGGUGAACAGUGAUAGGAUUACAGAACACAUUGACCGAUUUGGCUCAAAUGGAAAGUACUCUCUCCUUGCUGUAAAUGACUAUGCAGUUAUUGAUUUUCGUGGAAACAAGACUGGAAAUGUUACAAAUAUUGUUUCCAACCCAAAGAGAAUUACAGCUUUUUUUAAACUUGGAGAUUUUUCAACAUGCACAUGCAUCUUUGGGUUGGACAAGGAACCCAUUUCUAUCAAAUUGAGAAAUUAA